AUGAUCUCUCAAUUAUAGGUUUUUGCUCUUUCUGCUGUUUUGGCAGUAGCCAGUGCCGGAGUGGCACUUGGAGGACUGGACGGAGGAAUUGGAUUGGGUGGUUUAGGACUAGGGCUUGGUGGACAUGCAAUUGCCGCCCCCAUUGCUGUGGCUAAACAAGUCGUAGUGGAUGUUCAUACUCCUGCGAAAUACGAAUUCAAAUACGGAGUGGCCGACGGUCACACCGGCGACAACAAGGAACAACAGGAGGUUCGCGUGGGAGACGUAGUCAAAGGGGAGUACUCCCUUAAAGAGGCCGACGGCACAAUCCGUACCGUGAAAUACACCGCCGACGACAAGAACGGUUUCAACGCCGUAGUCAUCAGAUCUGGCCACGCAGUCCAUCCACAAAUUGUGCAUAAGGCCGUAGCCGUACCAGUAGCUGCCCACGGAAUUGGUAUUGGUGUUGGAGGGCUUGGAGGUCUUGGGGGACUUGGAGGACUUGGAGGGCUUGGUCUCCAUUAGAGUAUAAAAGACUAAAGCAUUGUACAGGUUCAUGUUCAUUCUCAUGUCGA